AUGAAGACGUUGUGGAUUUUCGUCCUCCUGGUGGUUGGAUUUAUUGAGGCACAAGACUUCAUGUCAUUGUUCAAACCAUUCCUUGGAGGUGGCGGAGGUGGAGGAAACCCAUUUGCAAAUCCACAAGCUAUUGGGGGUCUCUUCCAACAGUUUGCUGGUGGACAAGGAGGUGGUGGAUUUGGACAGUUCUUGGGAGCUAUGGCACCUAAACCACCGCCAGCUCCAGCCGCUGGACCAGCUGCAGUAGCUCCAACAAACGAGGACUACAACACAGAUCUUGACGCAGUUCCAGCUCCACCGAAACCCAAAGCUCAUGCUGCUCAUCACAGAAGACCACAAGGUGAUGAUGACGACGAUAUUGAUAUGUCUCUCACAAGACUUGGCUAA